UGACCCAUUCGUAUUGAAGAUUUUGCUGCGCAAUUUUGGGUGAAAUUCUCCGUCUCUUCCUUCAUCUCUCUAGGGUUCUUAUUUUCUGCUACUCAUCGGCAUUGUAAUCUCAUCAAAAUUUCACAUACUGAUCAAUGAAACAAACUCUAUUUCCAUAGAAAAUGGGGUUCAAUGAAGUGUACAAGUAUUUGCAGGAACUUUUCCCGAUGGUUGAUCCUCGUGCUAUUAGAGCUGUUGCUCUUGAGCACAGCAAUGAUGCUGCUGCAGCUGUUGUGGCAGUGGUUGAGGAGGUCAUCCCUUUCUUUAUUCAAAGGUCUAGACCGAGUACUCCUUUGAGUCAGAGUAUUUAUGCGGGUGAAUCCUCUGAAGCUCCUGUAGUUGUGCCUGUCGAAACUCGAACUGCAGAUGCGGCAUCUGUUAACACAAUGGUCUCAGCUGAAGUGCAAGAUGGUUAUAAUGUCAAUACUGGAAAUCAACAGUUUUUCAAUGAUGCUGAUGAUGAGAAUAAUGAACCUUUCUAUGAUACAUAUGAUAGGUGUCAUGAAGGAGAUGAUAAUACCAAUGAAUUGAUACUGUCAGAGGUAACUCAUGAAAAUAGGAUCAAGACGAGUGCUGAUGUGUUCUCUCAGGAUAAACCUGUCAUGUUGAUAGAUAAGAAUGCAGUAAAUACACUUCAAAUUGAAGUAUCAGGAGACCCCGGAAUAGAGGAGAAAAUUUCAGGUAGUAGUUGUCCAGGAAGCAGCAUCAAAUUUUCAUCUGAGAGUAACCCUCAUCAAAUGCUGACAACAAUGCACGAUGUGGAUAUGGGUCUCAAUCAGAAAAUGAAUCUUGUUCAGGAAAGGCAGGACACUUCAGGCCACCUAGAGAGGGAUUCUGGAACUGCUACCGAUGAAGAAAAUAAUCUGGACAAGUCUAGUGCAGAUGGCAACAACUCUAUGGACGAGACCGCUCUCUUAACUGGUUGUGAUCUAACUAUUACCAGCUUAAAAAGCAGUGCCCAGUUGGUAGAAGUCCCUCACAUAGAUGAAAGUAAUUUAGAUAAAUUAGAAGUAAGUUUGUUAACUCAUACUGCUUCCAAGAUGGAAACUGAGAGCAGCAUUUUUCGCCAUGAAGAUGAGCCUGCUUUAAAUGCCACCAUGUCCCAAUCUAGUCAAAUCCAUAGUAUUGAUGUCCUUGAGGAAAUUAUUGGAGAUGCAAGAAAUAAUAAGAAAACAUUAUUCAUGGCAAUGGAUUCUGUUAUCAGCUUGAUGAGGGAUGUUGAGCUUAAAGAGCAAGCUGCAGAACAAGCCAAAAAGGAAGCUGCAAUAGGGGGUACUCAUAUACUGGAUAAGGUUGAAGAGCUUAAACAAAUGCUGCCACAUGCGAAGGAGGCAAAUGACAUGCAUGCCGGGGAAGUGUAUGGCGAAAAGGCUAUCCUAGCAACUGAGUUGAGAGAGCUUCAGUCUCGCGUGCUCUCCCUGUCAAUUGAAAGGGACAAAUCUCUUGCAGUUCUUGAUGAGAUGCGUCAUACUUUAAAGGUGCGAUUAGCUACAGCUGAGAAUGCCAUAAAAUCUGCGGAGCAGGAAAAACUAGAAAAGGAAAAGGUUGCAUGCAAAGCACUGGCUGAACAGGAAUUAAUUAUGGAAAAGGUGGUCCAAGAGUCGAGGAUCCUGAGAAAACAGGCAGAAGAUAAUGAAAAAUUGCGGGAGUUCCUUGCGGAUCGUGGUCAUUUUGUGGAUAUGUUGCAAGGAGAAAUAGCUGUCAUAUGUCAGGAUGUGAGACUGCUAAAGGAGAAAUUCGACGAGCACAUCCCACUUAGCAAAUCACUUUUUUCCAGCCAGACCAGCUUCAUUUUAGCUUCUUCCAACACAUCAUUUAAAAGCCUGAGUCCUGAUCAAGUGGAAAUAGUACCUGAGAGAGAUGAUUCAUUAGAGAUUCAAAAGAAAGAGACCAUAAACAGAUCUUUGAAGAAGAUGCAGCCAGAGAAGAGCACGAGGCACUGGUAGACGAUGGAUGGGAUAUUUUUGACAAACGUGAAAUUGAUGUGUGAGUAGGUGGCAUGCCCCAAAAGAUUGAAAUCAAAUUUCAUUCCAUCGCUUCUACUAGCUUUACUAUUCUAACUUCCAGAUUUUGUUAAUAAUAUAACCUUUUCAUUUAUGUCAAAUAGAAAGAUAUUUGCAAAUUUAGCUACGUGUGGGACCAAGGGCAGUUUGAUAUGGAUAUCAAGAAAUCGAACUGGCCAAUGAUUUGGGGCUUCUAUUGUUAGAUAUGUUUAAGGCUAAAAUGUGGCAAGUAUCUUAAUUUGCUGAUAUAUGUUAGUUGUGUUCAAUCUGCUA